AUGUUCCAUUUCAAGCAGAACGGAGAUGGUCCAUUGAGCGCGGGUGGUGCGUAUCGGGCGGCCGUGACGUCACGAGGCCGAGGCGUCGAGGCCGAUGCGGCGGAUGCGGAGGGCGCGCUCGUGAUCUCGGCGCUCAGGGGAGCGCGGCGAGCACGCGCAGCCGAGCGGGAGAGGGCCAGCCUGGCCUCCAGUGAGUCGGGGGACGAGGGCGCAGGCCAGCGGCCGCCGCGCAAGCGCACCCGCAGGCUGUCGCCGGAGCCCGCGGCCAUGCACCAGCCGUGCACCAACGGCGCCGUGAGCGCUCCCCACCACAUCAACGGCGAUGCCGCCGCCACCAACGGCGACUUGCAGGCGCCGGGCGUGCGGAUGAGCCAGACCGACCAGGAGAUCGUGCGGCUCAUCGGGCAGCACCUGCUCUCCAUCGGAUUAGAGCGCAGCGCCGCGCUCCUGAUGGAGGAGUCGGGUCUGCACCUGGAGCACCCGGCCGCCGCCACGUUCCGCCAGCACGUGCUGGCCGGCGACUGGGUCAAGGCCGACCACGACCUGCGCGCCCUGCACGACCUGCUCCAAGACUCUCCCCACGUCGACCCUCACAAUCUCGCAGAGAUGAAGUUCGUGGUGCUGGAGCAGAAGUACCUGGAGCACCUGGAGGCGGGGCGGGUGCUGGACGCGCUGCACGUGCUGCGCAACGAGCUGACGCCGCUGCAGCACGACACGGCGCGCGUGCACCGGCUGUCGGCGCUCAUGAUGUGCGCCGACGCGGCCGAGCUGCAGGCGCGCGCGCGCUGGCCCGGCGCGGGCCCGCUCUCGCGCGCCGCCGUGCUGGCCAGGGUCCAGGGCGUGCUGCCGCCGGCGCUGAUGAUGGCGCCGGGGCGGCUGCGCGCGCUGCUGGCGCAGGCCGUGGCGCAGCAGGCGGCGCGCUGCCGCUUCCACGCCGCGCCGCGGCCCUCGCCGCACGCCGACCACAUCCCCUUCUCGCUGCUGGCCGACCACCACUGCUCGCCCGACCGCUUCCCCAUCCACCCGCUGCAGGUCCUCAACGAGCACUGCGACGAGGUCUGGUACUGCAAGUGGUCCCCGGACGGCUCCAAGCUGGCUUCGGGCUCCAAGGACAACACCGUCAUGAUAUGGGACUUCGACCCGGUCGCCAAGCGGCUCACCUUCAGGAAAUCGUUCGAAGGCCACUCGUUCGGGGUGUCCUACCUUGCCUGGAGUCCGGACGGGCGCUACCUGCUCUCGGCGGGCCACGAAGACUGCCCCGACAUCUGGAUCUGGAAUAUGGAGACGGAGCAGCUGCACGUGAAGAUGUCGCACUCGACGGAGGACUCGCUGACGGCGGCGGCGUGGCACGCGUCGUCCGACAAGUUCGUGUGCGGCGGCGCGCGCGGCCAGUUCUACCACUGCAGCGUGGACGGCACGCUGGUCAACAGCUGGGACGGCGUGCGCGUCAACGCGCUGGCCUGCCGCGCCGACGGCCGCUCCGUGCUGGCCGCCGACACGCACCACCGCGUGCGCCUCUACGACUUCGCCGACCUCUCCGACCGCAACGUGAUCCAGGAGGAGCACGCGGUGAUGGCGAUGACCCUGAACGCGGCCGACACCCUGCUGCUGCUGAACGUGGCUAACCAAGGCGUGCACCUGUGGGACAUACGCGCGCGCGCGCUGGUGCGGCGCUUCCGCGGCCUGAGCCAGGGCCACUUCACCAUCCACGCGUGCUUCGGCGGCGCCCAGCAGGACUUCAUCGCCUCCGGCAGCGAGGACAACAAGGUGUACAUCUGGCACAUGAACGGCGAGGAGCCGAUCGCGGUGGUGUCGGGGCACACGCGCUGCGUGAACGCCGUGUCCUGGAACCCGGUGCACCACGACGUGCUGGUGUCGGCCUCCGACGACUUCUCGCUGCGCCUGUGGGGGCCGCGCUCGCACCAGUGC